GUUUGGCAAGUCGCUUUUGCAGAGUGGUGUGAGCGGGAGGAUACUUUUCAUUUUCUCCCCCCCCCUCCCCGCUCCACCUUGCAGAGUCGAGGGGAGUUUCUGUUUUCUGGGGUUGUUGUUAUUUUGUUUGACGCGCCUGCCUUUCCCAGCGGCUGGCUUGCGCGCUGCGUGGCCUCGUUUCGCCUCCCUCGCCGUCGUCAGGGAUGCCCCCAGGCCAAGAGGAACUUCUGCACUGAGCUCUCCAGGCUCGGCUUGGCUUGAUUGGCUGGGGAAAGGGGGUGAUUGGCUGCUGGCUGGCUGGGAACCGGCCUUCCUUGGUCUGUCUGUGUCUGUGGGUCGGGCUGGGCAGCAGAAGGAAGGAGCCGAGAGUGGAGGGGGCGGCAGCGGGACCAGCAGGAUGUAUACGGCCGGACUGGCCCCCUUUUACGCAUCCAACUUCAGCCUGUGGCCAGCGGCGUAUUGUACCCCUGCAGGCCCGGGCGCUGGUGGCUGUUUCCCCUUGGAUCCCGCAGGACUCAAGAAACCUUCUUUCUGCAUCGCGGAUAUCCUACAUGCCGCCGCAGGGGAGGCAACAGCGGACGGCCUGCCCGGGGGUCCCUCGGCCAAUCUGGCCGCCCACUUAGGGGCAGUGCAUGCCCACGCGCAGUUCCACGCCGCGGCAUCCCCGCUCAGACCCACGCCCGUGGUGGCCCCGGACACUUCCGUCGCCUUCCCCACCAGGCUCUCGCCCCUUUCGGCUGCUUACCAUCACCCUCACUCCCAGCAUCACCGAUCUCCCACCGGAGUUUCUAGUGGAGGCGCUCCAACGCUGGGCAGAGGACAGACCCAUCAGACCCAUCCCGGCUCGGCUCCCGCGCCCUCCAGCAAUGACUUGAAAUUUGGGAUUGAUCGCAUUUUAUCCGCCGAGUUUGACCCGAAACUCAAGGAAAGCAACACCCUGAGAGAUCUGACCUCCUUAUUAACCACCAGCCGCCCAACUGGGGUUCAUGUCCCCGCCUUGCAGCCUCCAGCCGGCCAGUUCUUCGCGUCUCUAGAACCCAUUAACGAGACCUCCGGGGUCCUGGGACCCUUAAACACAACCCCAAGGAGUUCAGUGCAGCACCAGUUUCAAGACACUUUUCCAGGUCCUUAUGCGGUGCUCACGAAAGACACACUGCCUCAAACCUACAAACGGAAACGGUCCUGGUCUCGAGCAGUUUUUUCCAAUCUCCAAAGAAAAGGCUUGGAGAAGCGCUUUGAAAUCCAGAAAUAUGUCACCAAGCCGGACAGAAAACAGCUGGCAGCCAUGCUCGGCCUCACCGAUGCUCAAGUAAAGGUCUGGUUCCAGAACCGGCGCAUGAAGUGGAGGCAUUCUAAGGAGGCACAGGCGCAAAAGGACAAGGAGAAGGAGCCCACGGAGAAGGCGGCAGGGGGCGCUGUGGCAGCAGUCGAGGGCGACACUGAGCGCAGCCCCAGCCGUUCAGAAGGCGAGAGCGAAAGCAGUGAGGCAGAUUCCCUUGACCUGGAGCCCGGCAGCGAUGUGGAACGGACUGAGGCAGGAGCCGCCACCGACCAGCCCCUGCAGCGGCACAGCCCAGAGCUGCACCACCUGGCUAGUUCGGAGACAGCAACUCAUCCCGAGCCGCCUUCGACUCCUGCAGGCUUAGAUCCAGGCAGAGAGCCGCUGCGGCGCCCGGAGUCGUCCUUUUGCCUGCGGGACUCUCCGUGACUGCCUUCCCGGGGGGUAACAGCUGGCUGGAAGCCGCCACCAAAAGCCCCAGCUCCGAGUGAUGCCCCCAUUUGGGAAUCGGAGCUACCUACUCUCGAACUGCGGGUGGACGCGCGGAGUACCAACCCCUGUUAUAGGUGGAGAGAGGAGGGGUCAGAGGUAAUCACCUCCUAACAACGGGAAGAUGUGGCGUAUCAACUUUUAUUAGAGAUGAGGGUCAGAGCUAGCUUUCUCAACGGUGGUGAAGGAGGUCGGGUAAUAACUCCCAACAGGGGGUGGGCUGUACCUGUGUCUCUGCGGGGAGAGGGCGAUUCCUCAGAUCGGAGAGGGUCAGAGUGUGCACAGCUUAUUGGUUGGGGAGGGAGAACGCCGCAGAUAAAGUCCUGGAAAAACUGUCCACACUGGCUGAGUGGGGGUGGGGGUGGGCUUCUAGUGGAGGAGCUCCUUGGGCCAAGAAAGUCACAAUCGUGCCCCCCCCCCCGGCUCCUAUCUAAUGCCUCCAGCAACCCGAUCCGCCCUAGUGCUCUUCUCCUCCAUCGUUCACAAUGUGAAGCAUUUUAGCAACCAACAGUCCUCGCCCCGCCAAUGUGUCGCUUUGUAUAAUCUGGCCAAGAAAGACUGCACUGGAGAGGGAGGGAGGAAGAGAGAGGGAAAGAGAGAGAAUAAAAAGUAGGUUGUAAAUAAAUUGUUUGUUAAAUUGG